UCCGCCGCUCCGUGCCACGCACGGCUUUGCGCGCUGCGGCGGCGGGCGGAGCGCUCCCGGCUGCGGGCCUCGGGCACGGGGCGGAGAGGCGUCGCCAUGGGGGUGCACGGCGUCAAGGCUGUCUUCUUCGACCUGGACAACACGCUGGUGGAUACGGCGGCGGCCGGGCGCCGCGCCAUCGAGGAGGUGGUGAACGCCCUCCGCUCCAAGCACCACUGCGGGGAGGGAGACGCCCGCGGGAUCUGCGACAAGGUGCAGGCGAAGCUCCUCAAGGAGUGCCACGACCCCGCCAAGACGUGCAUCACCGAGCUGCGGAUCUCGCACUGGGAGGAGGCGAUCCAGGAGACCAUCGGCGGCGAGGCCAACCGCAGCCUGGCCGCGGAGUGCUACUUCCUGUGGAAGGCCACCCGGCUGCGGCACCUGACGCUGGCCGAGGACACGCGGGGCAUGCUGACCGAGCUGCGCAAGGCUGUCCGCCUGCUGCUCCUCACCAACGGCGACCGGCAGACGCAGCGCGAGAAGAUCGAGGCGUGCGCCUGCCAGCCCUACUUCGACGCCAUCGUGGUGGGAGGCGAGCAGAAGGAGGAGAAGCCCGCGCCGUCCAUCUUUCACUACUGCUGCAAACUCCUGGGCGUGCAGCCGGCCGAGUGCGUCAUGGUGGGGGACUCUCUCGACACAGACAUCCAGGGAGGGCUGAACGCCGGCCUGAGAGCGACCGUCUGGUUAAACAAGUCGAUGGCGGCCCCGGCCGAUGCCUCGCCGGUGCCUCACUAUGUCAUUUCGUCCGUUCUCGACCUGCCGGCGGUGCUGCAGAAGAUAGAGCACAAGGUGAAGUUAGGGACGGACCGUGCAGCGGGCGGCACCGAGGCACGCUGAGGGCUGCGGCGCGGCAGGGAGCUGUUGGCUGUGCUCCUGAUAAAAAUCUGACCCUAGGGUUUGCAACUCGUGUACUUCAAGUUUUUCUUAAGCAGUGGGUGGGCAAGAGCAAGGU